AUGGAUGCUCUGUUCCCAAUGUUGGCAGCAACUCUAGGAAGCGAUCAGGAGGGGCAAGAGGAUCAGGAGGGGCAAGAGGGGCAAGAGGAUCAGGAGGGGCAAGAGGGGCAAGAGGGGCAAGAGGAUCAGGAGGGGCAAGAGGGGCAAGAGGGGCAAAAGGGGCAAGAGGAUCAGGAGGGGCAAGAGGAUCAGGAGGGGCAAGAGGAUCAGGAGGGGCAAGAGGAUCAGGAGGGGCAAGAGGAUCAAGAGGAUCAGGAGGGGCAAGAGGAUCAGGAGGGGCAAGAGGAUCAAGAGGAUCAGGAGGGGCAAGAGGAUCAGGAGGGGCAAGAGGACCAGGAGGAUCAGGAGGGGCAAGAGGACCAGGAGGAUCAGGAGGGGCAAGAGGACCAGGAGGAUCCGGAGGGGCAAGAGGAUCAGGAGGAUCCGGAGGGGCAAGAGGAUCAGGAGGGGCAAGAGGGGCAAGAGGAUCAGGAGGGGCAAGAGGAUCAGGAGGAUCAGGAGGGGCAAGAGGAUCAGGAGGAUCAGGAGGGGCAAGAGGAUCCAGAGGAGCAGACCGAAUUUGACACAGAUGAAUUUGUUGAUGCUUUAUCAUCAUUUAUGGACUUAACUCAACUGGAAGACGAAGAACAUGAUAGCAAAGAGGGGGAGGCUGCUGGUGAAUGUUCAACUAGCACUGCUUGGAAUAAACGUGGCCAGGAAGCAAUGAAGUACUUCAAAAGAGCUCCAGUUUCCCACUGUAUGUCGGGAACCUUUGCGGCUGAUCCUCCUGUUGAGAGGCAAGAAGAAGAGGGAGGAAGAGGGGAGGCUGGCCCACAGCCUUUGGAUGCAGGAGCAGCUGGCCGAAGUGCUGAGCCUCCUGUUGAGAGGGCGCAAGAUAAGGAAGAGAGUUCGCCUCUGGAAGAAAAAGCUCCGGCAAUGUUUGCAGAACCUGAAGGAAUGGAAGAAUCUUAUGAAGAUGCAGAUGAACAGCUUGCAGGCAUGUCCCAGGCUGACAUGGAAGCUCUGCCCCCAACAUUGGCAUCACGUUCAGGAAAGGAGAAAGUGAGCCAGUUGCCCUCAAAGAGCACCAAAUUCGAUGCAGAUGAUUUUGACAAAAAUGUAUCAUCAUUUAUGGGCUUAAAUCAACCAGAAGGAGAAGACCGUGAUCGUGAAGAAAAUGCUGGUGGUGGAGCUUUACCUAGCAUUCCUUGGAAUAAACUUCAUCAUGAAGCAGUCAAGUACUUCAGAAGAGCUCCAGUUUUCCACUACAUGCUGGGAAUCUUUGCCACUGAUCCUCCUGCUGGGAGGCCACAAAUGAAGAGAAAACAAGAAGAGGAAGGGAGAGGGAGAGGGGAGACUGGGCUGGAACCUUUGGGUGGGGGAGCAGCCGGCCCCAGUGUUGAUCCUCCUGUUGUGAAGCCAAAAAUAAAGAGAUGA